UGUGCUCUAAAUACUUCAGUUAAACGCCCCUAAGAGAAUUUUUUAAAACAAUAAUUUAGCCUUUAAAAUAAAAUACAUAUGAUUUCUCUUAAAUUAAGAAAAAUAACACAAUUUCCCUCGAAAUCUCAAGGGAUUUAAAAAUAUAUCCUCUUUCCUUCGGUCGACACCGUCGAUUCAUCUCUUCCCUUCCCGUCUGCCGCCACCCUAAUCGUCGCCAGCGGAGUUUUCACAGGCUACGUUUACAGAAACAAUGGGUCUACGAUUAUUUGAUGGAAGUGAUUCUGACAAUGACAACUCAAAGAUAGAAAUUAAUCAGGAUUAUGCUAAAAGGUUUGAGUAUAACAAGAAGCGAGAGGAUAUUCAGCGCUUAGAGGAGCUUAAGAAGAAGGGUCUAAUUGAAGACUCUGAAUCAGAAAGCUCGGACUCUGAAUCAUCUUCUUCAGAGGAAGAAGAUAGCCAAAAUUUUAGGAAGGACUUGAAGUUCUUCGAUGCAUUAAUCAAGGUAAAGAAGAAGGAUCCGACACUCAAACAAAAAGAAGCCAAGCUUUUUGAUUCUGAUGAUGACAGCCAUGGCAAGGAAAGUGAUGAUGUCAAAGGUAGUUUAACAGAAAAGAAGAAAAGUGGUAUGUAUUUGAAAGAUGUGGUAGCGAAGCAUUUGAUUGAAGAGGGUCCUGAAUUCAAUGAUGAGGAUACUAAAAAUGUGAAGGUUUAUGAUAAGGAGCAAGAAGAAAUACGCAAGGCAUUCUUGGAGGCUGCUGAACAAAAUGAAAAUGAUGAGGAGGAAUUGUUAAAAGUGAAGGAGAGAGGUGCAGUGGAAGAGGAAAAAAAUGAAGAAUUUGAGAGGAAGUUGGAUGAGUAUUUUGGAGAUGGGGAUGACCAGUUGGAUGAAAAUUCAAAGUUCUUGAAACAUUAUUUUAAGAAUAAACUGUGGAUUGGUGAAGAUGCAAAGGUUGAGGAAGAGGAGUUGAACAUGCUAUCGGAGGACGAGGAAGAGAUCGAAAAACAAGAGGAAUAUGAAUACCGGUUCCAAGAAAAUGCAGAUGAUACCAUUUGGGGGCAUAGUAGGACCAUUGAGGGGUCAGUUAGGAAAAAGAAGAAUUCGAGGAAGGAGCAGAGAAAGAAUAAGGAAGAGAGGAUGGAGAUUGCAAGAUUAGAGAGAGAGGAGGAGUUGAAGCAUUUAAAAAAUUUGAAGAAGGAGGAGGUAAAGCAGAAGCUUAGGAAGAUUAGAGAGACAGCAGGACUUGGGGAGGACGAGAAUUGCUUAUUAGAUAUUAAAGAUUUAGAUGAUGAUUUUGAUCCUGAAGAGUAUGACAGCAUGAUGAAAGUGGCUUUUAGUGAAGAAUAUUAUGAGAAAGAAGACAUUGAUCCUGGGUUUGGAAGUGAUAUGGAUGACGAAGGCAAUGGUGAGCAUGAGAAGCCUGAUUUUGACAAAGAGGAUGAGUUGCUUGGAUUGCCAAAAGGGUGGACUUCCUCUGAGUCAGUUGAUGGCUUCUUUGCAGCUAGGCAAAGGAGUUUAAGCCAUAAAGUUGAUAAUGAUAUGAGCAAUGAAGAUAAUGAAGAAGAUGAAGAACAAGGCAAUGAGGAUGAAAAAAGCACAAGAAAGAGGAAGCGUAAAUUAUCUAUGUACCAAAAAGCUAAGGAAGCCAUGAUGGAGGAGUAUUAUAAAUUAGAUUACGAGGAUACAGUCGGAGACUUGAAGACGAGGUUUAAGUACGCCAAAAUACAACCUAAUCGUUAUGGAUUGAGUACUGCUGAAAUCCUGGCAAUGGAUGACAAGGAGUUGAAUCAAUUUGUUUCUAUGAAAAAGUUGGCCCCUUAUAAGGAAGAAUGGAAGAUGCCAAAUAGUACUAGACAGCGCCUGAAAAUGAGGUCUAGGGAGCUCCUUAGAGGCAAACAAUCUGGUGAACAGAAAGAUAUUGGGAAGAGAAAGGCGAAAAAUUGCUCCAACAAGAACAUUUUGGAAGACAAUGAGAAUGACAAAGUAAAUAAUGUUGACAAGGGCAAUUUAUCUCGGAAAGCCAGGAGAAAACAACGUCAAGCUGAGCUUAAAUUGUCUCACUUUAGGAAUCUGGCAUACGGCAAGACAGCCUUGAAAUCUAAGAAGAAAUCAAAACAUUGAUCAUCAGCCAGGGGUCUAUACUUUACUUCAGAGAUUGAUGGUACCAUUCAAAUGAAGGGCUAUCUAACGUGUAACCCAGAAAUUCGCCUUGCACUUGAUGAGGACUUGAGCAUUGGAAGAGGGGAAGGUCAAUCUAUGGUAACAUCUUGUAUUCUGUUAGGUCAUUCAUGUAUAUCCAAGAAGUGAUUUAAGACUCAUGAAAAUGAAAACUUAUGUAGAAAAAAAAGAAAAAUGAAAACCAAUUACAAAGGGUCUUUUGAAUUUCUUCUGUCUGACUGCUAGAUUUAGAAUAGGAACUGUAUUUUUUGAGAUAGAGCAAAAAUGAAGCAUAUUCACUUUCUUUAAUGAUGAGAUUUAUUUCAUUUCUUUUGAUCAA